ACAGGUUACGAUCUGCCAGGCGAACGACACUUUAUAUGUUAUGGUUUACGGAAGCACACCCUUCUACAUUUGUUUUGCUGCCUCCUGAUAAAUACGUCUUUGCUCAAGAUCGCAGCUACAUGUGUAUGUUUUGAUAAUCAAGGCGAAAAUACUAUGUUGACAAAAUUAUUUAGUGCUGGCUCCUUCAAGAGACAAACGUUCCCACUAGAUCAUCAUAGAUCAACUACUGUAUAAAGCUUUCAGACGACGGAGAUCCAAUGGCAACAGAAAACGUUGGUAUGAAACUGCUCCCUAUUUUAUUUCUAACAUUUCUGACAGCUGUCAUUGCUGGGCUUCGAUGUAGUAACCCAUUCGCAACUCAGCAAUAUGCGUUUUAUGCCGCAAAAAAUCGCACACUGGAACAUUUUGCUUAUGCCAAUAAAACAGUGCGAUCUCGCGUCAUCUGUGGACGAGAAUGCAGCAUGGAUGAACGUUGCAAGUCGUUCAACUACAACGACUGCAACAACAAGUGCGAGUUGAACCUUGCCACACGACGUGAGCAUCCCGAAGACUUCAGUGCAACUCAAGGGAGUGUGUACUUUGAUGCAGAUGAGGACACACCUCUCUACUCACUGGCUGAUGGCUCAUUUGGUUACUACCAAAGUUGCAAAAGGCUCUUAGAUGGCUGUUAUCGUUCGAGCGGUAUCUACACAAUCUACCCAGAGGGGUUCAGCAAUGGCGGUCUUCGUGUCUACUGUGACAUGAAAACUGACGGCGGGGGAUGGAUCGUGUUUCAGAGGCGACAAGAUGGCAGCGUGGACUUCUGGCGUAACUGGGACGAGUACCAGUCUGGCUUUGGCGAUCUGUCCGGUGAGUUCUGGUUGGGCAACGACAACUUGGUGACUCUGACGUCUGAUGAUUCACAAGGAACAUGGGAGCUGCGAGUUGAUUUAGGGGACUGGGAGGACAACACAGUUUGGGCAAAGUACUCCGAUUUCAAACUAUCUCCUGGUGAGUACCGUCUGAAUUAUGACUUUUACAAUAUGAACAGCACCGCUGGCGACUCUCUUGCCUACAGCAAGGGUCUGGCUUUUACAACAAAGGAUAAAGACAACGAUAACUGGCCGUACAACUGUGCAGAUUACCACAGAGGAGCCUGGUGGUUUGAUGGAGCGCGUGCUACGGACUGUAUGAGGUCUCACUUAAAUGGUAUCUAUUACCCAGAUCAACAAAAACCGGGUGCUGACUGGGGAGUCCAUUGGUUUCAUUGGAAACUUAGAGAUUACUCCUUGAAAACCUGCGGCAUGAAAAUACGUGAAGCAUAACUGUACAAAGAUAUUGAUAAUCGGAAUACUCAA